UAUCGGGGCUCCUGUCCGACACGGCAGCUGCUAGCUGGUUAGCAAACUUUGAAACAAAGUUACUCUUUACAGUAAAACUAAUUAAAACACAUAAUAAACAGCGUGACGGUGCUAAGAGGAGAGCAACAUGCCUGCGGUCUCUAAAGGAGACGGGAUGCGUGGCCUGGCCGUGUUCAUCUCUGACAUCAGGAACUGUAAAAGUAAAGAGGCGGAGAUUAAGCGGAUAAACAAAGAACUGGCCAAUAUCCGCUCCAAAUUUAAAGGAGACAAGGCUCUUGACGGUUACAGUAAAAAAAAGUAUGUCUGCAAGCUGCUCUUCAUCUUCCUUCUGGGCCAUGAUAUCGACUUUGGACACAUGGAGGCUGUCAACUUGCUCAGCUCCAACAAGUACACAGAGAAACAAAUAGGUUACUUGUUCAUCUCAGUGCUGGUGAACUCUAACAGCGAUCUGAUCCGUCUGAUCAACAACGGCAUUAAGAACGACCUGGCCAGCCGCAACCCGACCUUCAUGAACCUGGCCCUGCACUGCAUUGCUAAUGUGGGCAGCAGAGAAAUGGCUGAAGCUUUUGCUUCUCAAAUCCCCAGCAUCUUGGUGGCAGGGGACACGAUGGACAGCGUGAAGCAGAGUGCAGCUCUGUGUCUGCUCCGGCUCAACAGGACGUCUCCGGACCUGGUGCCCAUGGGGGAAUGGACCGCACGAGUGGUCCAUCUGUUGAAUGAUCAGCACCUGGGAGUGGUGACAGCAGCUGCCAGCCUGAUCACCACUCUGGCCCAGAAGAGUCCUGAAGACUUCAAAACCUCCAUCUCACUGGCGAUCGCCAGGCUCAGCAGGAUCGUGACUUCAGCAUCCAUUGACCUACAGGACUAUACAUACUACUUUGUUGCUGCACCAUGGUUGUCGGUCAAAUUGCUGCGUCUGCUUCAGUGCUACCCUCCACCAGAGGAUGCAGCGCUGCGAAGCCGUCUGACAGAGUGUCUGGAGACCAUCCUCAACAAAGCCCAGGAGCCCCCCAAGUCCAAGAAGGUCCAGCACUCCAAUGCAAAGAAUGCGGUUCUGUUUGAAGCCAUCUCCCUCAUCAUCCACCAUGACAGUGAGCCCACCCUAUUGGUACGAGCCAGCAACCAGCUGGGCCAGUUCCUGCAGCACAGAGAAACCAACCUCCGCUAUUUGGCUUUGGAGAGCAUGUGCACACUGGCCAGCUCUGAGUUUUCUCACGAGGCUGUGAAGACGCACAUAGAUACUGUGAUCAACGCUCUGAAGACGGAGCGAGAUGUGAGUGUUCGCCAGCGGGCUGUGGAUCUUCUUUACGCCAUGUGUGACCGCAGCAACGCCAAGCAGAUCGUGGCGGAGAUGUUGGGCUACCUGGAGAACGCCGACUACUCCAUCAGAGAGGAGAUAGUGCUCAAAGUGGCCAUCCUGGCAGAAAAAUAUGCGGUGGACUACACCUGGUACGUAGAUACCAUCCUCAACCUCAUCCGCAUCGCUGGUGACUACGUCAGCGAGGAGGUGUGGUACCGUGUCAUCCAGAUUGUCAUAAACCAAGAUGACGUCCAAGGAUAUGCAGCCAAGACCGUCUUUGAGGCGUUGCAGGCUCCCGCCUGCCAUGAGAACCUGGUGAAGGUGGGCGGUUACAUCCUGGGAGAGUUUGGCAACCUUAUUGCUGGCGACUCACGCUCCAGCCCUCUGGUCCAGUUUAACCUUCUCCACUCCAAGUUCCACCUGUGCUCUGUGCCGACCCGGGCACUGUUGCUGUCUGCAUACAUCAAGUUCAUUAACUUGUUUCCAGAAGUGAAGCCCACGAUUCAAGACGUCCUGCGCUCAGACAGCCAGCUUCGCAAUGCUGAUGUUGAGCUUCAGCAGAGAGCCAUCGAGUACCUGAGGCUCAGCUGCAUCGCCAGCACCGACAUACUGGCCACAGUCUUAGAAGAGAUGCCUCCAUUCCCAGAGAGAGAGUCUUCAAUUCUGGCCAAGCUGAAGCGGAAGAAGGGCCCCGGCAACCUGCCCGACAUCGACGACGCCCGCUGGAACGUAAACGGCAGCACGGAGCACAGCGAAAACACUGAAGUUACAAACAAGUCUUCUCCUUCUCUGGUGGCAGACCUCCUCCCUACCAACAGACCUCGCCCUGCCUCCUCUAGUCCCACCAUGCUCUCUGCUGUUACCAUGGGCUCCAGCCACCCCUUCACAGACCUGCUCAAUCUAAACUCCGCCCCUUCUGCAGGAGCCAGUCUGCUGGUUGACGUCUUGUCUGAAAGCCCUGCUCCUGCUCCUGCAUCCGUAGAGGUGUCUGAGGAUAACUUUUCCAGGUUUGUUUGUAAGAACAAUGGGGUUCUCUUUGAGAACCAGCUGAUGCAGAUUGGACUAAAGUCUGAAUACAGGCAGAACCUCGGUCGUAUGUACGUGUUCUAUGGCAACAAGACGUCUACCCAGUUCCUCAGCUUCACAACAUCAGUGGCCAGUAGUGACACACUCAAGAGUCAGCUGAAUGUCCACCCGAAGGCAGUAGACCCCACAGUAGAAGGUGGAGCUCAGCUCCAGCAAAUCCUCAACAUUGAGUGUGUGUCAGAUUUUAUAGAUGCUCCGGUACUCAACAUCCAGUUCAGAUACGGGGGAAGUGUUCAGAACUUUGCAGUGAAACUCCCUGUGAUGCUGAACAAGUUUUUCCAGCCUACAGAGAUGACAUCCCAAGACUUCUUCCAACGCUGGAAACAGCUCGGACUUCCUCAGCAAGAGGUUCAGAAGAUCUUCAAAGCUCAACACUCCAUGGACAAAGAUGUUACCAAUGCUAAGAUCUUAGGUUUCGGUGUAGCUCUUCUGGAUGGCGUGGAUCCCAAUCCUGCAAACUUUGUUGGGGCUGGAGUCAUUCACACUAAGAGCACUCAGGUGGGCUGCCUCCUCAGACUGGAGCCAAACACACAAGCACAGAUGUACCGUCUCACCCUCCGGACCAGCAGGGAGUCUGUGUCUCAGAGACUGUGUGAUCUGCUCUCUGAACAGUUUUAGACUCGACAAACACCAGCAUUUCUACACCGUUACUCUCCCAGUCUCACUUUAGAUAGGAAUUGAUGUUUUGUACAGUGUAAAUUGUUUUUUUAUUUUACUUACUACACAUGUAAAUGAAGUGAAAUGUAUUUUUUUCGCACAUAGCCUUACUAAUAUAUCACUGCUUUGAACCUGCCUUGUACUGUGUGUGUGUGUGUGUGUGUGCACUCUCACUGAGCACCUUAGCCGACACGUUGCAGACGGUGCAAAAAGCUCUGAAUGCUUCUUCUGCAGCUCCAGACUUCUGAACACUUUUGGAAAUGUGUGUUUUUGCUGCUCUGGUACUGCCUUUCUUAUUCAAACAUUUUGAAGAGUUGUUUAGGAGUCUCUCAAAAUCUAAACCAAUGAUCUCAACAACGAAUUCAGUAGUUCUGCUCGUGUUUCUAUGAGAGAUGUAUUCUUGUAGUUUUUCAUACAAACUUUGCACAGAACUGAGACGCUUUCCACUACUCGCUACUUUUGCACUUGUUCUGUAGAAAAGAAAAAAAAAUUCAUCACAUAAGUAGAUAAAUUUAGACCACAGAAUUUUUACUUAAAAAUUUCACCAAUUUUAAACAUCUGUCAUCUCAGGAGGAAAAGCAAAGCUUUGCAUUGUGAUAUUUUAAGUUAAUAAUACCCUUUGGAUGCAACAAGUUUUGCCCCAUGGUGGGAAUUUUUGAGCAACAUUGUGUAUAAAGUUUACACACAGGCAAAGAAAAUCAAUGUAGAACACUAGACAGUAGAGCCCGACUGAUACUGGAUUUCCGGGGCCGAUGUUGAUAAAACUGAAGAAAAAAUUCCGAUAUCAAUAUAUGGACUGUUACACUCCCCUUUAUGUUAUGGCAUAUAGGCAGAAUGGUUUAAGUAGUUAGUUAAAUUUGCUGUUUUAUGUUCUAAAAUGCAAAUGUUUUUUUUCUUGAUGCCAGUUGUAUUUUGCUACAUUGUCCCGUGUUGAAUGAUGGAGUUGACCUCGCUGAAAGCAGCUUUUUGUUUCAUUCUGAGCUGUUUCCCCCAUCGUUUUUAUAUUGGUGCAACAUUAUAUCGGACAACAUUUGUUGAUUUGUUGAACUGAUGUCGGGCUCUACUAGGCAGCAGAUGGAUAUCAGUUACUGAUAGUUAUAAAAUGUGUUGUCUGGUUUAGUUUCCUACUUACACAGUUGUGCCUGUGAACCUUUAUUACUCUGUCACACAACAGAACGAGCCUUCAAACAGACUAAAAGAGUAAUAGAAGUCUAAGCCACUGCCACACUGUCACACUACUUUCACCUAAAUGCAUUUACUCACAGAACACUGCCUACUGGUAAUAUAUCUAUAUUUCAAUAACAUGAUGUAUUUCUUUAUUUUCAAAUUAUUAUUCUUGAUGGCAUAUUUGAUGCUUUGUAUAAAGACCAGCUCUGUCCAAAGGUGAAACAUCUUCCUACCACCACCAGUAAAGCAGUGUACAAACGACAAGCUGCAGAUUUAAUAUGUGACAGCAAGACUCUGAAGUCAUUGUGCCCGGCAAGUAGAAAUAUUCAUAACCCCCAUAAAACAGCAUCUUGUCAUUUUUACACUGCUGUACACUGUCAAUCUGAGUAUUUCAAUCCACAGCUUUACAACUAACUAUGCAACCAGAACCAAAGGCAAAUGUGCAACAUUUUUCUAACAAGCCAAUCAGUGAGUAAAGUUAUAUUCAAAGGGACAGUAUGAGGAAAAUACAUUUGUUAAUCAUUAAACCCAGAAUACAAGUCUAAACCUGAAUUAAUAUAAUGCAUCCCCUUUUAAACGAACAACAUUUUGUGCUGCUGGUGGAUGUUUUCACCUGCGGACCGAGCUCGGCUGUCUUCAUGCUGAACUCUGCUACCUGUAGCUUCAUCUUUAUCUGACGGAUAUAAGAGUGAUAUUGAUCCUCUUAAAGUGAAUAAGAGUAUGUACCAAAAUGUCAACUAUUCUUUAAAGUGACUUAAAGUUUUUUCCAGAAAUGGUAAUGCAAAUUUGUUUUUAAAAAAGAAUGUAAGAAUAAAUGUUUAGAUUGUGUUAAAAGGUUUGGCCGAUUCAUGAAUACGGGUUCUUUAAUCUGGACCAGAGAUGGUUUAACAACUAUUUAUGUCCUUUUGGGGGAUACAAGGUUUCACAUAUUUAGACAUGUGGAUUUGGUUCUUCUGGAAGUUGUGAGAUGAUGUGUUUACUUCUGUCAGGUCCA